AUGACAGUCCCAACCAACCUCGAGACGUUCGUCAGGGAAUUCUACCGCCUCUCGGACGUCCCCGACGACCAGUACCUAGAUCUAUUCCACGACGACCUCGAGUUCCACAUCGGUGAGCGGCAUGCAUACAGCCGUGCCGACCUGCACGAGAUGCGCGUUCUGGGUGCCAAAGCCGUUGCGAACCGCGUCCACAACUUUGACAACAUCUACUGGAACGACAAGGAGCCUGAUGUCGUCCUCGCAACCGGCACCAUUGACAUGGACCGCCUCGCGGACGGUAUGCAGAUCCGUGGGUUACCGUGGAUGGCCAAGAUUGAGUUCCGGCACGGCAAGAUCAAGAAGUACACGGCGUAUGCGACCUUUCCGCCCCUCCAGGCCAAGUAA